UCCCCGCGCCGCCUCGAGCAGGCCCCGUCCGGGCCCCCGCCCCUUCGCCCCCCUUCCCCGGGCUCUGGGCCUCAUCCUUCCGAGAGGCCGGGCCGGGGGCGCCCGAGGGAAGGAGCCAGGCCCGCAGCCCCGCAGCCCCGCAGCCCCGCCGGGCGGGGAAACUGCAGCCGCUUGCACAGCUCCGCGUCUGAGGGCCCGGUGACGCGCGCCGUGCGGCGCCCUCAUUGGCUGCUCCCCGCCCCGCCCUCCAGGAGAAACCAGCGUCGGCCGCGGAGGCUGCCGGCUUCGGCUAGGCGCGCCGGGAGGGGCGGGGCGGGGCCCGGGCAUGCAGGGUGCCCCAAAACUGCCCAAGGGGGUCCUGCUGGCCCUGGGCCUGCUCCUGACUAUCCUGCUCUACCUGGGACUGCCUAGUCUCCCCCAGCCCCUCAUCUGGACCCGGGACAGAGACAAUGUCACCAUCCUGGCUGGUCUCACACACAGCAACUCCUCGCUUUUCUACAGGGAGGUGCAGCCCCUUCGCCGGCCACACAGGAUCGAGGUGGUGUUACUACAUGGGAAGGCCUUCACUUCACACAUCUGGCAGCAGCUGGGGACACUGGAGAUAUUGUCCCGAAGGGGCUACCGGGCCAUUGCUCUAGAUCUCCCUGGCUUUGGGAACUCGUUCCCCUUACCUGCAGCCCGCACAGAGGCUGGACGGGCAGAUCUCCUGCAUCAAGUCCUGCAGGACCUGAAGGUAAAAAACCUGGUGCUGGUCAGUCCCUCCUUGAGCGGCCUUUACUCUCUGCCCUUCCUGAUGCGAACUCACCAACAGCUGUGUGGAUUUGUCCCCAUUGCUCCCACCUUCACUGAGAAUUACACAUACAAGCAGUUCUCAGCCAUCAAGACACCUACACUUAUUGUAUACGGAGCUCUAGACAAAGGCCUGGCCCAGGAGUCUCUGCACAAGCUGCAGUACCUCCCCAACCACUCAACGGUGAAGUUGCAGGACGCUGGCCACGCUUGUUACCUCCACCAGCCCCAUGACUUCCAUGAUGCCCUGCUCACCUUCCUGGACAAGCUGUCAUGAAGUCUGUGUCUCUGUGACCACUGGCCUUUCUCUGGGUGGAGCAGGAUGGGCCCCGGAUCCCAAGAAACUGGGGGAGGGUUCAGAGGAUCUUUGCAAGACAAUGCCCUCCUGCUCCCCGGUUCCACAGAGGGAGAUGAGGCAGGUGCGGCUGGGAUCGCAUGGUUGCCCUCUUGGGGCCUUGCCAACCCCCACUCACUUGGACUUUAAUAAAUGAACUUUGUCUGCUUC